UAAUAGGCUAAUACGCCCUAUUCAAUCGGGCUUCAUUCAAGUCCAACCCAAUCCAUCUCAGGCCCACUAACUUCUCAAACUUAGAAAUACUACAAAUUUUCCAUCAAUCAAAAAACAGACACUAGAAAAUAAAAUUUCAAAAAAAUACGUAAAACUGUUCUAGAAGCUUCCAAAAUUCAAUCAAUGGCAUCACCGGAUACUGACGUGGCAAUGGUUCCUGCCGCCAGCGAGACGGGCACAAUUACUAAAAAGCCCAAAAGAUUUGAGAUUAAAAAAUGGAAUGCUGUUGCUCUUUGGGCUUGGGAUAUCGUGGUAGAUAAUUGUGCUAUCUGUAGGAAUCACAUCAUGGAUCUAUGUAUCGAGUGUCAAGCCAAUCAAGCUAGCGCAACAAGUGAGGAAUGCACUGUUGCUUGGGGGGUUUGCAACCAUGCAUUCCACUUCCAUUGCAUUAGUAGGUGGCUUAAGACUCGUCAAGUAUGUCCACUUGAUAACAGCGAGUGGGAGUUUCAAAAGUACGGUCACUAGAAUUUACUGUUGGUGUACAGUGAAUGGGAGGAGUUUCAGUGGUCUGGUCACUGCAGUCUUGCUGUCAUCGACGUUGAAAAGAACAAUGCUGCUGCCUUCUUAUGUUCCUUUUGUUUUUGUUCUGCAAAUAUCCAAAUCAAAGACUCAAACUAUGUUUUUAACUGUCUCAUGUCUGUUUUAGGUCUCCUCAAAAGAAUGAAAUUGUGAUUGGAGGUAUUCCUUAUCUUAUGCUAAUUCUUGUAGAAAUAGAAUCAUCUUUGAGGAAUUUGACAAUGA